AUGUGGCGUCGCCACAUUGAAGGGUUCUUGAAAUUCCACAGAUUUGGGGUUGAAGUUUUUGGUGGGUUUAUUGAAUGUGUGCGAAUUUGGAGGAUGGCAAUAAAGAGAGAAGAAAACGAGGGUAAUUGGGAUUUGAGCAUGAAUAUUUUAGAGGAUAAAAAGGCGAAAGAGCAGAGCUCGUAUUUCAGGGCGUCCAGUGCUAGAAUGAAGUUAUGGACUUUGAGGGCUAUCACUACACUAUUGUUGUGGACUUGUAUUAUUCAACUGGUUGCCAUUGGGGAAGUUUGGGGUCCGAAGCUUUUGAAGAGUUGGCCUUCUUGUUCUUCACACACCCCCAAUUUGGAUGCAUCAUAUUCGUCGGCUAAUGUGUCGUCCAUUGAGCCAAAAAAGCAUUUUCCACCAAAGAGGAUAUAUGUGAAUAAUGGGUAUCUUGUCGUGUCUUGCAAUGGAGGUCUCAACCAGAUGCGUGCAGCAAUAUGUGAUAUGGUUGCUGUUGCCAGAUAUCUUAAUAUUACACUUAUUGUCCCUGAAUUGGACAAAACAUCGUUUUGGGCGGAUUCAAGUGAUUUUCAGGACAUAUUUGAUGUUGAUCAUUUCAUUUCGUCCUUAAGGGAUGAGGUCCGGAUACUCAAAGAACUUCCGCCUAGACUUAAACGGAGAGUUCAAUUAGGGAUGUUUUACGAGUUACCACCCGUUAGUUGGUCUAAUAUUUCUUAUUACCGUCGGCAGAUUCUUCCUCUUCUUAAAAAGCAUAAAGUUGUACAUCUGAAUAAAACCGAUGCCCGUCUCGCUAACAACGGACUGCCACUGGAUAUUCAGAAACUGCGCUGUAAAGUAAAUUUCAGUGCCUUAAAAUUUACUGCCCAAAUAGAAGAAUUGGGCAGGAAAGUUGUGAGGAUGCUGAGACAGAAAGGUCCGUUUUUGGUCCUACAUCUUAGAUAUGAAAUGGAUAUGCUGUCCUUUUCUGGCUGUACUCAAGGCUGCAACAGUGAGGAAGUGAAUGAACUCACUACAAUGAGAUAUGCCAACCCUUGGUGGAAGGAGAAAGUUAUCGAUCCUGAUUUUAAAAGGAAAGAAGGUUUAUGUCCUUUGACACCCGAAGAAACUGCUCUUGUGCUGACUGCUCUAGGGAUUGACCGUAAUGUUCAAAUAUAUAUUGCUGCUGGCGAAAUAUAUGGCGGGAAAAGGAGAUUGAGUAGCUUGGCCAAGGAAUUUCCAAAUCUGGUAAAAAAGGAGACUUUGCUGGAACCUUCAGACUUGAUGUUUUUCAAGAACCACUCGUCUCAGAUGGCAGCUUUGGAUUACAUAGUCUCCUUGGAGAGUGAUGUAUUUGUUCCGACUUAUGAUGGGAAUAUGGCUAAAGUUGUUGAAGGACACCGAAGGCACUUGGGUUUCAAGAAAACUAUUCUACUUGACAGAAGAGUUCUUGUUGGCUUAAUAGAUCAAUAUAACAAUGGAUCAUUGAAUUGGGACGAGUUCUCAUUAUCAGUAAAGAAUGCCCAUGCAAACCGAAUGGGAACCCCAAGAAAUCGCGUUAAAAUUCCAGAUAAACCGAAAGAGGAAGAUUAUUUUUAUGCCAAUCCUCAAGAAUGUCUUGCGAUGAGUGGAUGA